AUGAGUCGACCAAUCGCACGAAUUGGACACGGUGAUUUUGACGAAAAUUCGCCACGACCCCCCGUACCGGGUGAAGAAACGGAUCCUGGUUGUUGUUGUAGUAAUACAACAACCCCCGCUUUCCCAAACAAUCCAUCCGUUCUUCCUUAUAAAUAUACUCCUCGUGGUUACAACGCACAUAUUCCCGCAAACUUGGGUUUUGAACCAGAAGGUAGUUGUGCUUAUUAUGGAGCCUGUACACCUGUCUUCGAGGGAAGUAGAUCCCCACCACCUUGCGUGCAGUGGGCAAAGAGUCUGUCUUGUUUGUUGCAAGACGACGAUGGCGUCGAAUUGUUCAGAAGGUAUUUGGAACGAGAAGGACAACCUCACGCUGAAGCUCUCGACUUUUGGUUUGCCUGUGAGGGUCUCAAAAAGCAACCGAACAAAGAAUCGGUUGCUCAUUUUAUCAAAGCCAUAUACAUGAAAUUCAUCCUCUCACCUACUUUACCCAUACGGGAAGAUAUGCGUCGCGAGGUAAUGACAAGAAUCAGGGAAAACGUUUUCGACAAGGGCGUAUUCGAUUCGGUUCAAACGGAAAUUGGGAAACGAAUCACGGCGACAACCUAUCCGAAUUUUCUCAAAUCCGAUAUAUACCUUAAUUAUCUUCAGCAAUUACCUCAAGAUUUAUCCGCAUCUUCCGGAUCCGGUUCAGGCUCAUCGUCUAGCAGCAGCGCUGGUCGCGAUGUUAACGUGUGUAAUCCUCCCUGCAGUUUUCUUCCCACAUUGCUCGAAGAUUCCGAACUCGAAAUCAAUACCGAUUCCCUGCCUCUGACUCGAGAUGCACUUGUGGCAACGCAAAUCCGUCGUGCCUUUGAAGUCCGACCUAAACCUGAAGCUUUUGCCGGGGUUUAUUUACAGCAUGGAGCACAAAUGAACACGAGAGUGUAUUCUUCGUAUAAUCCAGUUUCCCGACAGGAUUCUGAAUUACAAUCUUUGAGUUCUGAUGCCAGAACGGAUUCCGAUGCCAUGUCGUGCACUGAUAAUUCAGUGGAUGGAAUGUCUAUAGGGCCACAUAAAGUGUCAAAGUGUUCACACGAUAGACAGUUUAAAGCGAUGAAAGAAAAUGCGAGCCUUAAUCGAGACACGACGCAUUUGUUGAUACCAAGAACACUAAGAAUGAAAGACCUGUCUUGCCAACUGAGCACCGAAGAAUUUGCUCAACAAUUGACUGAGAAAUUAGAAGCGUAUAAAAGGCAACAAGAAGCUCAGGAAAAAUUCAAUAAAAAAUUGAUGGAAAUCGAAUACGAACCGGAGAAAACGCUCGCGGAUAUGAUUCGGGAAAAGUUACAAGUGGAAGAACAAGACAGCGACAAUCAAGCCAUUCUGGAUCAACACGUGUCGAGAGUUUGGUCGGAUUCUACUCCUAGCAGGUCGCCUCGAUUAUCGAGUCCGAAACCUAAAAGUCCCGACGGAAGGCGGAAAUUAAUUGUUCCAUUAGGUGUUCCUCAUCCUUACCAAACGAAAACUCCGUACCUGUCGAGGUAUCCGAGAAAGGAAAAAGAUGUUUUCAGUACGUUUUCCGCCGACAGUGGAAACAUACACGACUUCACGGACGUUUCCGAAUCGGGACGUCACUUUCCCAAAAGCAAAUCCUUUCCGGAUUAUGCAGAGUCUCCGAAUUCGAUCACAGGGUACGAAAGUCGUACUCGGAGUAGCAGAGAGGGAAAUAGCAGAAGACUUAAUAGUAAAAAAACGGCAUCCGAAACAACGGAUUCUGGUGUUAGCGUAAUUUCCGAUACGGUACCGUGCCUGGGUAAACAUUCGACCGAAUGGCUCAUAAUGAGAAUGAAAGAAACAUGCGAUCGAACGAAUUCGAAACAUCGGCCAAUGAAACAAUUGGGACCGCCCGGUUUGGGUGCUCACAAUAGUAGUGGUAGUGGUAGUAGUAGUAGUAGUAAGCAUAUGAGUAAAAAAUCGGAAAGAACGGGUUCUUUGGAAAGGUAUCCUCCACCUCCGCAAUCAUAUUUACCAGAGAUGGUAUCAUCCUCGGGUCGACCCAAUACGGUGACGCAACUCGAAGAAGCUCGACGUCGUUUGGAACAAACAAGGAUGGAAGAUGAAAAUAGGGGAAAAUUGAGUAGAAUGAGGUUUCCCCUUUCGUACAAGACUUCAAACGCAGGCGCGGCGCCAGACUUAUCAUUUUCCAAUCAAUCGACUCUACGUAAAUCAUUGAGAAAGAGUGAGCCGUCGCCGCCAUUGCACAGACCCGCCGAACAAGAAUACACGACCGUUAUGUAUUCGUUUUGGGAUGAAGAAGUUCCUUACAGAACCAAAGUAUUGGGCACGCAAGUCACGUUGAAACAAUUCAAAGAUCUUUUGCCCAGAAAAGGAAAUUACCGGUAUUAUUUUAAAACCGAGUGCGCCGAAGUUGAUUCGAAAAUGAUACACGAAGAAGUAUUCGAUGAUAAUCAGGAAUUGCCUUUAUGGGAAGGAAAAUUGAUAGCUCAAGAAAACCGAUUGGCAAAAUUGGUUCGUAUGGAGGAGGCACGCGAGACAAUCAAAAUGUGGAACCAUUGCUAA